AUGGUCCUUCGGCACUUCACGUCGCACCGAGACGUGGUCCAAGACGAGGCAGUCGACACGCCUCACGCCUAUCUAACUGCUGUCGGCUCCGAAACAGAGCAAAGUGAACCGAGGCCUGCCCCGCGACCCAGUCCACUACCUACCUCAAGCAUCACCGAUCCAAAGGCGCAUCAUGCAGGGUGUCACCCGGCUGGUAGAGGCUCUUCAGACAGCACCCGCACCACCACGAAGAGAUCGCAGCAAACUGAGCAAGGUACCUUCUCCAUCAGCCGAAACUCGAUUCUUCAGGUACAAUUUGCCUCAUCUACUAAAUCCAAGCACUUGUAG